AAUCUCAAAGUCCACCAAGCAAAACAGAACAAUUACACAAGCUUUCCUAGACUUAACUUUGUUUUCCCCCAAAUUUUCAGUAAUGGACAGAGUGAAGGAUUUGGCAUCAAAGAGAGCUGCUGUUGUAUUCACCAAGAGUUCGUGCUACAUGUGUCACAGCAUCACACAGCUCUUCUAUGAGCUUGGAGCAAGCCCUGCAGUGCAUGAGCUUGACAAUGAUCCCUAUGGCAAGGAAAUGGAGAAGGCUUUGAGGAGCUUGGGAUGUAGCCCUUCGGUUCCUGCAGUUUUCAUUGGUGGGAAAUUCGUAGGGUCUUCAAGAGAUGUGAUUUCCCUCCAUGUUGAUGGUUCUCUGAAACAAAUGCUCAUGGCUGCAAGGGCCAUUUGGUUUUAGCUAUGAGACUUUGAAUAAGCUCCAUAUAUAGCAGUAGCUAGCAGGAAGGAGCAUUGAUCGAUGCUGACAGUGUUAAAGAGUUAUGGGACACACCUUGUUUUUCUUGAGUGUCCUGUUUUGAUUGUGUGGAAAAAAUGUAUGUAAAUAAGUAGUCUUGGUUUUUUUUUUCUUUCUGGUUUUCACUUAAAGGCUAUAUAGCCCACUGUGGCAAAUGCCUACGAAGUUAUAUGAAUCUUGUUCAAUGAUCAUGGGGGAGAAAACUACUCUCCUUUAAGUUAAUGCAAUUUUAAACUUUCUGGGAAUA